AUGUCUCUCUCGCGCAGCCCGUCACCCCAUCCCGGCGGCGGCUGGGCGAGUCCCGGCCUCAACUACAACAGCGGUCGCAACAGCCCGACCGGCUCCUUUCCCUUUCCCUCGCCCGGCGGCAUCUCCGCGCCAUGGGAGGCCACCAAGAUGAGGACCCUCGGCGUCACUGGCUACCCGUCCUUCUCGACUCACAACCAGGGCUUCUUCCAGCGUCACAUGCGCCGCAUCUCGAGCAGCCUGCCGCGCUUCAGCCAAGCAAAUCAGCCGCAGUACGGAGGUUUCAAGGACAAGCAAAACCGUGGGCCAUGGUCCGUACAGAACCUGCCUCUCGUCGGGAGGAUGCAGAGGCGAGCCGCCCGCAUGAAGAGGAAGACAAAGAUCCGGCUGGCCAUACUCUUCUUCAUACUCUUCGCCGUCUGGGUCUUUUAUCACAGUCCUCUUGUCUACCACUGGCGACGGACGUCAUGGCUCGGCGGAGGCCAAAAGUACGUCAUCAUUCUCGCGGCGAAUGUCGGAGGCGGCGUCAUGGAAUGGAAGGGCGCCCGGGAAUGGGCGAUAGAGAGAGACAGCGUCAAGAACAAGAAGGCGUACGCCGCCCGAUGGGGCUACGAACUGGAAAUCGUCGACAUGAGCACCAAGAAGCGAUAUGCGCACGAGUGGCGCGAGGGCUGGGAGAAGGUUGACUACGUCCGCAAUGCCUUGAGGAAAUACCCCAAGGCAGAAUGGGUCUGGUGGCUGGACCUCAACACCUUCAUCAUGGAGCCCUCGUACUCGCUGCAGAGCCAUGUUUUUAACGACCUUGCGAAGAAUACGUAUCGCGACAUUAACGAAUUCAAUCCCCUCAAUAUUUCGCACCCCUUCGCCGAGGAAUAUCUCGACCCCACGUCUCGCAGCCCCGUGGGCGACGGCAAGCCGGACUCCAUCAACCUUAUCCUCUCCCAGGACUGCGCCGGCUUCAACCUCGGUUCCUGGUUCCUGCGGCGUGGCGCCGUCUCCGACCAGCUCAUGGAUGUCUGGUGGGAUCCCGUCGCCUACGAACAGAAGCACAUGGAGUGGACGCAUAAGGAGCAGGACGCGCUGCAGCAGAUGUACCUCACGCAGCCGUGGGUGCGUCAACACACGGCCUUCCUCCCACAGCGCUCGAUCAACGCCUUCCCCGCCGGCGCCUGCGGUGACGACGGCAAGGACCCGCGCUACCAUUACAGCCAGGACGAGCGCGACUUUGUCGUCAACAUGGCAGGCUGCGAGUGGGGCCGCGACUGUUGGGGCGAGAUGUUCCACUACCGCCAACUGAGCUAUUACCUGAACCGCAACCUCUGGGAGCGCUUCAAGGAGGACCUCAUUGCCGUCCUCUGGUCUAAACUGACGGGCCAGCACGUCAGGCUGUGA